AUGGGCCCAUGGCCCUGGCGCGCUGGAGGAGCAAGGGGGAUCGAGGGGCGGGGGAGUGCCCGACACCCACAGGCACCCGGGCCUGACCAUGGGGGACGAGCACGGAGGCGCUCAUCGCUGCACUCCCGUGGUUCAAUAUAUGGUACCUGGGCAACAAGACUGGGAAGGUUUCGACGCGGUGCAUGGCAGGGGUGGUGGUGUUUCACCCCGGCCUGGUGCAAUCCGGUAGGGUGUCCUCUCUUUCCACCUGGCAUAGAACUGUUUGCGGGGGGUGUUGUCCGGUGCGGGGGCCAAGUCCCGCACCCGAGGGCCCCAGCACUCGAUGCAUGCGCACCGAUCAUCUCGUUGCUGUUGUCCUUUCAAGCCUGCCUCCGAGCCAUCCCUCCUCCCGCCGAGUGGUCGGGCCGGAGGUCAGAUCAAGUUGGGCACGGCAGCGUGUCCAGCUGGCGCGCCCGAGCCUGGCGUACCAGCCCUGCUCGCCGCGCCUGUCUGAACAUCUAG